AGUUUUCAGUCAGACAUUUUCUCAUGAGUCCAGUCCCGUGUUUAAGCACAUGUUGCUGUUUUAGGAAAAUCGUGGAAUAUUCUACAAUGUCGUGGUUUCGGAAAUCAGCAAACGACUCACUACUGGAGACAAAUCACGACCGCAUUCCAGUAGCUCCACCACGCGAAGUGAGAGCACCAUCACCACGUCUGCCCCCCAGUUAUCAGACGUCCAACGAAAAAAUGUUCCGUGUUCGGAAAGCACCAUCAGAAGAACACACGUUGGCUAAUUAUGCCUACGUUAAUCGCUCUGAUUUUGAUGAUAAGCAGAUCAAGCAUGUCCGCGUAAAUCCCGGCCCUGCUCACCACUAUAUUUUUUCGAUUCGAAAUGAUGGCUCAAUCAAGCCUGGAGAAAUCGCAUUCGGUGUUCCACAUCGUAAAUGGGCAGCUUUAUCGUUGGAUCAAGAAGUUCGAGUGACACCGUUCACUUUUCAACAAUCUGAAUAUGUUGGUUCAAUGAUUUUGACAGCUGAUUUCAAUGCCAAAAAGAAUGUCACAUCUGAACCACUCAACGCCGAUUUGAUGGCCAGAGAAUUCUCGAUUCAGUUUGGAGGACAAGCUUUUUCAAAAGGUAUGCAAAUGGCUUUCCGAUUUGAAGAUAAAGAGAAGAACAAGACUCACACUCUAUCACUUGUUGUCAAAUCAAUCGAAGGAUUUGAUAUUGGAAAAGCUGCAGCUGCGGCAAGUGGUGCAUCCAAUACGGACAGUAGUGCCACCAAACCAAAGCAAAUUGAAGCAGGAGAACUUUUACCAAAUUCAGUUAUUGUAUUUGAUAAAGAGGAAGGAUCUAUGCUUAAUUUGAUUGGAAAGAGUAAAGGAAAAUCCGCUUACCGCUCAAUCAUCAACCCUGACUGGGACUUUCAACAAAUGGGAAUUGGAGGUCUUGACACUGAGUUUUCUCAUAUUUUCCGCCGUGCCUUCGCGUCUCGUGUAUUCCCACCAGAGUUUAUUGAGCAACUCGGAAUGAAGCACGUCAGAGGUAUUCUUUUGUUCGGACCACCUGGAACCGGAAAAACAUUGAUGGCGAGACAAAUUGGAAAGAUGUUGAACGCGAGAGAGCCAAAAAUUGUAAACGGACCACAGAUUUUGGAUAAAUACGUUGGAGAAUCAGAGUCAAACGUGAGAAAAUUGUUCGCUGAUGCCGAAGAAGAAUGGAGACGGUGUGGAGCAAAUUCAGGACUUCAUAUUAUCAUUUUCGACGAAAUUGAUGCAAUUUGCAAACAAAGAGGAUCUAUGGCUGGAAGCUCAUCAGUCCAUGACACUGUUGUGAAUCAAUUGCUCUCAAAAAUGGAUGGAGUAGAACAAUUGAAUAAUAUUCUUGUAAUCGGAAUGACCAAUAGACGUGAUAUGAUUGAUGAAGCUCUUCUUCGUCCAGGAAGAUUGGAAGUCCAAAUGGAAGUUUCACUUCCUGAUGAGACUGGACGACUUCAAAUUCUUAAAAUUCACACUGCACGCAUGAGAGAAUACAAUAAAAUGGACCCCAACGUGGAUUUGGAGGAUAUUUCAAAAAGGACCAAGAACUUUUCCGGUGCCGAAUUGGAAGGUCUCGUCAGAGCUGCCCAAUCCAGUGCAAUGAACAGGCUAGUGAAGGCUGGAGGUAAAGCUCAAGCUGAUCCAGAUGCAAUUGAGAAACUUGCUAUUAAUUCUGGCGAUUUUGAUUACGCCCUUGAGAAUGAUAUCAAACCGGCAUUCGGACGUUCUGAUGAAUCGCUGAAUCGUUUCUUGAGCCGUGGAAUGAUCGUUUGGGGACCAGAAGUAACGAAAAUUCUUGAUGAAGGAAGCCUUCUCGCUGCCACUGUAAAAAAUCCUGAAAACAGUGGAUUCCGAACUGUUGUGCUUGCGGGUGCCGCAAAAACCGGAAAAACUUCAUUGGCUGCUCAAAUGGCAAAGAGCUCGGACUUCCCAUUCGUCAAAGUUAUAUCACCAGAAGAUACUGUUGGAUUCUCAGAAUCUGCGAAGUGUAUGGCGUUGAAGAAAGCUUUUGAAGAUGCGAAACGAUCAAAGCUCAGUGUUCUUCUAAUCGAUAAUUUGGAAAGAUUGAUCGACUACCAUCCGGUCGGCCCACGAUACUCCAAUCUGGUAAUUCAAGCUCUUCUCGUACUUCUCAAUGCUCCUCCACCGGCCGGUCACCGUCUGUUCGUCAUCGCAACCUCAUCGGAUCGUAUGUUCUUAAGAGACAUGGGACUUAUGGAUGUAUUUGGAGAUGUUAUUGAUAUUCCUAAACUCACUACAGCAGGACAAAUGAUGAAUGUGAUUCAGGAGAGUAACAUUUAUUCCGAUGAUCAACUUCCUAUGAUUGAACAAAAACUUGCAUCAAUAUGUAGAGGAGAAGGAUUCCAUGGAGUCGGUAUCAAACAUCUUCUCGAAUUAAUUGAAUCUGCUCGUCAGUGUGAAGCCGAUUACCGCGUCCCGACACUUCUUAAUAUGAUGGAAGGUCUUGCUCUAAACUUGUACCGUUAACUCUUCAGUUGAACAUAGAACUCUAAAAGCUAAGAAAUUUAUUCAAAUUAAUUUAUUUAAUUCUAAUUAUUGCAUAACCCAUUGAAUUCUCGCCGCAAUAUUGUGAUAAUCAAUGGAUCUCCAACCUCUUUUUUUCAAUUUUUUUUUCUUAUUCAUUUAAAUAUUUAUUUAUUCGCAGUCCCUUUGUAUUGAACUUGUAACCAUCAUAGCUUUCUUUAUGUGCACUCAUUUAUUUAAAGUGCUAUUCAAUUAGCUAAAGUAUGUAAGUUUCCAUUUCAAGUAGCAAUAAAAUGGUUUGUAUAUUUA